AUAUUUCCUGGAUAUACAUUUUAAUAAAUCUCAUGCACCGUACGCCGCUGCAAAUUGCACGGCGGAGCAAUGAAGAGGCACGUUAAGUUACAGCUCUCUGUAAGAUGGUUAAAAUAACAGUAACUCCGAAUCGACCGCUCGACGUAUAGCCUGUUCAAGAAAGUCAGCAGGCAAGCUGGCGAGCGGACAAGCCGUUGGCGAACGGGUGAGCCUUUAAGAGCUGGUGAGUGAACGGACGAGGUAGCGCCAACGUCCGCGUUUCGGUACCGUUAACUUGCCGCUGUUGUGCGAGUCUCGGAGGACGCGAAGUCUUCGCGGUGGUUGCCGAUCGUCCGUGAGGUCUGAUACUCGUGCGCGUCUUUCCGGGCACCCAAAGUAGUUAUGGGGCACGCGCGACCGAAGGGCCCGGGCUUGCGGUUUACUUUUAUCGGGCGUUUCUAACUAAUCGUAGAAAACCACGAUUGCUGCGGUAUCGCGUCUCGUAUAGAGAAUAUUCGUCUCGCGGCUCUUGUCGUCGAAAAUUUGACGUUUUAAUUGUACAGAAGUACCUCGUGUACCGCACUUUAUUGUACAGGAUUACUUAGGCGAAGAUCCGAUUCACGGUGAACCGAGUUGUGCAGUGAAUUAAAUCGUGCAUCGCAGGAAUAUACGUAUAUGUUAUAGGAGUUCAUAGAUACGUGGAACUUUGACGAUAGAAGCCCUGCAUUUUUCUCGAUGAGAGACUUCACCUUGGCCUUAGGGUAUCGUCGGAUUUUAACGCAAUCGCUGCACGAGCUCAACAACAUCUGACCUACACGACACGAUGACGAUUGCGAGGGGACUGGCGAUAUCCUGCGUGUGAUCGGAACCCGGUGCAUUCGAUGUGUCAGAGUUCGAGCGACCGGUGUCGGAUGGUCCGAUCGGUGCAAUCGAUGCAUACACAUAUCUGAAAAGAGAGUAUUCGAAUAAAAGGAGUAUGUCCAUCAUCGAGGACGGCUUCCGGUUGGCCGGAGCACCAUCGGAGUGCUCGCUCAAGAGCAAAGCGAGGAUCGAUGCCCUCUUCGAAGACACAAGAUCGGUCUGCAGCUCCAUGAAGGGUGGCUGGUACGCUGAGAUGAAUCUACCGGCAAUGGCCUUCACUAAUCUCGACGAAGUUAGCGCCGAGGAACAAAAACGGGUUAACAGUGCCGUCCAAGCGAGAAUAGAAGCCAUGUUUGCUUCAGUGGAAGCGGAGACGGGAAUUCCCGGCGAAUGUGCCGCUGCUAUAUUACCGGUGAGGUACCUAGGGGCUGCGCCCAUUGCAGGUCGGGUUGUCGGAGUAGGUGGUCUUCAAGAGCCGCUUCGGGACCUUCUCGCCCGGCUCGAAGACUCCUUGCCAGCCGAACUCGAGGUGUCCAGGCGAGGUUUGACUUUUCGGACGAGCGAAUCGUUGGAGAAGAUCAAUCCGUUUCGAAGAAUCGCUGUUUGGAGCGCUCUGAGGCUUCGAUCAAAAGAACUACCUUCCGGUGAACUUCACCACGCAUUUUUACCUCUCGUUGGCGACGACUCGGACUCAACGAACGGCGGCAAUAAGCACGCCGAUCUAUACAGAACGAUGGAAGGUUUCAAAAAAGAAACACGGUCGAGUCCCCCCAUUUUUGCGGUAGUAAUGCGACGCCCGGGUGUAGCGGUACGACAGCUCGAGUGUCACGCUUUCGUCUGUCAGGUCGAGGAAGAUGCUGUGGCUGCUGCCGCGACCUUGUAUCGUGCCCUUUUGGCGGACUUGGACGCUAAUCGACGAAAACCCAGACAAAGAAAUGGCGUUGGUUGCGUUAGUCUGGCGUCAGUAGCCUCAUUGACGUCAAGUUUGAGCGUCCGUGAAAUACAACCGCCAACUCGAAGCCCUCCGGGUCCUCCACCCCCGCGUCCGACAGCUCCACAUCCGGUUCGUCCACCGAGGAUUAAAAAGGUUUCCUCGUCCAGCGCAAAGGACGACGAUAACUCGAACUCCAGUGGAGCAGAAAACGGGCUCGGCAGAAGUUGCGAAAUUGUUCAGGUCAAAGCUGAAGACAUUCUGGAGGGUAGAAGUCGAAGGUCGUCGAUUGCGCUCAAUACGGGAUUACCUGCACUGCCACUUGGAAUCAAGGAUAAGCGAUGCCAGCCCACGGGCAACAGAAAAGUGCUGCAUGAGAAUAAUAAAAAUAGUUCCUCGCGUGCCAAGCCAACGAUUUCCGUCCGUAAGGUGGUGCACGAAGACGUACGAAAUCGAGAUAGUCAGGGUCAGUAUGACCUGUAUCAUAACGCUGAACAAAAGGAUGGUAAUUUCAGAAUGCGAAGUCAGUCCUUCUCAUGCGCUGAGAACAAUUACGUUAAGAUGCCGACCAUACGGGGUGCGGAUAAAUCCGACGAUAAUAAUAUUGAAAACUGCGGUGCUGACUACCCUGUACGGAAUCGCGAGGAUACGACGAAGAGCAAUGGUGGCAGGCGAUCAACUAGCAACGACGAAGAGCACGGAAGUAUUAAAAACAAAGGAUUGUACGAGGUGAGUCAAGGCCAGGAGAAUAUUGAGCCAUCGAAAAAAACUGAUUAUCGGUAUCACGAGAUUCUCAUUGGUGACAGGAACGGCUCACAGCGAAAGGAAAAUGGAUUUUAUAGCCGGAAAAUCGAGCGCAGGUCUCAUCAUCAGAAUGAGACAGGCAAACGUAAGAGCCAGGAACAAUUGUACAAGGAACACUUCAGAGAUUCCGAAAAAAUAUUCACCCUGGAGCAAAAAAAUGAUCAUCAAAAUAUUUGCGAGCCAAGAAACUUGCACAAUUCGCCAUACGAAGAGCGUGCCAUUGAGGUUCCGGGGAGUAGAACCGCCGCGAGUAAACAGUCGAUCGUAAACAGAUCAUCGGCGUCAUCACCGAAUAAAAACAUGACCUCGAACGUUGUGGACUACUCGCAACCUAGACCUCGAAAGAAUAGUAGGGCGGGAAGUGAACCACCGAGAAUCGGACGUAUCGAAGAUUCCGCAUUUUCUUCUACGCAGCAAGAGAUGAGUCAUAUGAAAAAAGCGCAAAGCGAUCUUGACCUCGACGGUGGGGAUCUACUGACUAGGGUAGAAUUGCCGAGAAGAGGAAGUUUCCUCAAUUCGAGCAGUACCAGAAAACCAGAAAACUUUCAAGGCGGCACCCCGUUAGGAUUUACCGAACUUUUCGACGAGUUCCGGAAUCAGGAGGGACUCACUAGUGUCGACGACAUACUAGCUGCUAUCAUUGAUCCGGAGGGAAUGUCUUUCAAUGACCUGAAGCCAUUGUACAAAGAGUUCCUGUUAAAAUUGGCUGCAACAUUGACACGCGAUGAAUUGUACGAACGUUCAGCAAGCAUAAUGCGAAGACGUCGUCGCCCACAAAGAAGUCGAACAUCCCGGCGUUCAUGUCUCCUCGGGCGCGCCAUAAAACGAUCGGUAUCCCGUUUGAAAGGUGGUCCCACAGAAUUCACGUCUGUUAUUUUCCCAGCACGAAAAUUAAACGAUAGCUUGGGCAGUAGCUCGUCCUGCGACGCACGAAACACUAAAAAUAGAGUUCUCGCCAGUAGAAUGGGAAGGAAAAGGUCCUCUCGGCGACGCACGAAGGCCGCCAUCGGACACACCACCUCGGAAGACAGCGACACUUGCAGACGAUUUGGUCGAGGUGUAGCCGCGAACCGGAGUAGCAGUGGAUACGUGAGUUGCAGCGAGUGCAGCUACGACUCGGAGUCUUGCACAUGCAUCUCUGCGGACAAAUGUUAUUGCUCGUUGUCACGUCGGGUCUCACCACCGGAAGUCCCCGCAGCCACGAUUAUAUGUUCGUGUGACACGGAUAGCUGCUCUGAGAGCAACAAAUGUUACUGUCCAAGUAAAUUGCCCACACGGCAACCUACUAUUCUCGAACAACUGAGACAGCGUGGCAUCAUGCCCUCGGAAAGCACGUUGAGCCGGACCGGUAGUCCACACAUAAUAAGGACUCUCCGAACGAGUAAAAGCUACGCGUCUUCCAGAAGUUUGGAGUUUCUCAAGGUUCGUCCAAAAGGGAGUAGUUCUGAUAACCUGGCUUUAGAUUACGACCUUUUCAGUCCAGGUAAAAAUCCUCGAUCCACUUCGUCUAACAGUGACAAGGUAUUAGUCGUUGGUGCAAGGGAUCCGCAGGGUCGUCUAAUUUAUGUUGGUGGGACAGGAAGUGGAAAAAGAACGCCUGCCAAUGGUUCUGGCAGGUCUGGAGCACACCACGAAGCGCUUUCUAUAAAAAAAAGUGCAGAAAUCGCUGCGGUCUUUGGUAAUUCUACAAAAAUGGGUAGAAGAGCGAGUAACGCGUCCAGUUUGAGGAGUACGGCCAGUCUGGAAGCUGGCCUAGGGUACCUGCCUUAAUUUUAAUAUUUUUUGUGUAAGCUAUAACGAUCAGAGGUUCUUUUCUCGGCAAUAAUUGGAAAUUAGUGAGUUUGUAUACGAUAAAGUCCGAAUUACUGUCAUCUAUAACAUGUUCGAAGUAUUUAUGUAACAAAUUUUCACAAGAGCUUAUGACGUGUCUGCAAUAAAAACGAAAAUAGCAGAAAA